GGAUCAAAGAAACCAAUUGGGCCGAGGCCCAUACCUCUCGCUGAAAAAAGUCAGCGUCAGACCCAGGGUGCUUAUACUUUUUUACUUCUCUUUUCUCCAGCCAUCUCGGGGCAUACACACCCUUCUGCAAUUCAUUACAUUCAUUCCGGUUAAUUUGUAGGAAAAAGAAAUGGCGAUGGUUCAAGCAUAUCGUCGAAUAUCUGGCGGAUCGGUCGUUUGUGCAGAUUCGCUUCGGCUCACGACGUGUUGGAGAUAUUUUUCUACUGGUUUUAGAGAGGAAAGAGACACGUUUGGACCGAUUCAAGUUCCAUCUGAUAAGUUAUGGGGUGCGCAAACGCAACGAUCUUUGCAGAAUUUUGAAAUCGGUGGUGACCGUGAAAGAAUGCCUGAACCGAUCAUUCGUUCUUUUGGAAUCCUCAAAAAGUGUGCUGCUAAGGUAAACAUGGAAUACGGGCUUGAUCCAUCUAUAGGGAAAGCAAUAAUGGAAGCUGCACAAGAAGUGGCAGAAGGGAAGUUAAACGAUCACUUUCCAUUGGUUGUAUGGCAGACUGGCAGUGGCACGCAAAGCAAUAUGAACGCCAACGAGGUUAUUGCAAAUAGAGCGGCUGAAAUUCUCGGCCACAAACGUGGCGAUAAGUUUGUGCAUCCAAAUGACCAUGUGAACAGAUCACAGUCUUCAAAUGAUACAUUCCCAACCGUUAUGCAUAUUGCAGCUGCAACAGAAAUCAACUCAAGGCUUAUCCCAAAACUUAAGCAGUUACAUACUUCCCUACAAGCAAAGACAAAUGAGUUCUCGGAUAUAGUUAAAAUCGGGCGUACACACACCCAAGAUGCAACACCCUUGACUCUCGGACAAGAGUUUAGUGGCUAUACCACACAAGUGAAGUAUGGAAUUGAUCGGGUUAUAUGCACUCUUCCUCGCAUGUAUCAGCUUGCACAAGGUGGUACUGCUGUAGGGACAGGAUUAAACACAAAGAAAGGAUUUGAUGUAAAGAUUGCUGCAGCAGUAGCUGAUGAAACAAGAUUACCAUUUGUAACAGCUGAAAAUAAGUUUGAGGCGCUGGCUGCGCAUGAUGCCUUUGUUGAAGCUAGUGGAGCCUUGAACACGAUUGCUGCUUCACUUAUGAAGAUUGCAAAUGAUAUACGGUUCCUAGGAAGUGGUCCACGUUGCAGUCUUGGGGAACUUAUUCUUCCUGAGAAUGAACCUGGGAGCAGCAUCAUGCCUGGAAAAGUGAAUCCUACACAGUGUGAAGCUCUGACUAUGGUCUGUGCUCAGGCAAUUGGAAACCAUGUUGCCCUUACAGUGGGUGGUUCAAAUGGCCAUUUUGAGCUAAAUGUUUUCAAGCCGAUGAUCGCUAGUUCGCUUUUACACUCAAUAAGACUUCUAGCGGACGCAUCUGCUUCUUUCGAAAAGAAUUGCGUGAGAGGAAUUCAAGCAAACAAAGAUAGGAUUUCCAAGUUAUUACACGAGUCACUUAUGCUUGUGACAUCUUUGAAUCCCAAAAUUGGCUAUGAUAAUGCUGCAGCGGUUGCCAAGACUGCCCACAAACAGGGAUGUACACUCAAGGAAGCUGCUCUCCAAUUGGGAGUGUUGACUAGUGAAGAAUUCGAGCAACUUGUAGUUCCGGAAAAGAUGAUUGGUCCAACUGAUUAAAGCAACAUGUUGAAGAUAUGGUUGCAUUGUUGAAGCCAUUUUGCUGUAAGUUAUUUAGAUAGGAAAUAAAAGAUCACUGGUCUCAUCAUAUUUCGGGAAUUCAUUGAAGUGUUGUAUUCUUCUGAGUGACGUGAACUUGUCGAGAAAAAACUACAUGUCGCCAACAAUAUUUUUGCCGGAUAAAGGUUUCUUACUUUGUUGUUUACUUCAGAUGAUAAAAAAUCACUUAAACCCCAUAAUGAGAUAUCACAGGGUGUUUGGGUUAA